AUGGCCAUUCCAUUGGAUCGAAUGCCUUUGAACAAUCAUUCAAAAACAGACCGCAAAGCACUCAAGGCUCUUCCAAUUCCUCAGAAGUCCAAAUCUACCGAUGAGAGCACCACAGAAGUGUUGUCGAACACAGCGCUAGAGCUUCGACAACUCUGGCUUGAUGUGCUUAACACAGCGGAUGUAGCCUUCGACAUCGGGCCUUCAACAAGCUUUUUCACCGUUGGUGGAAACUCAUUGCUUAUCGUUCGCCUUCAAUCCCGCAUCCGCCAACAUUUCAACGUCACAGUGAGGCUUUUUGAUCUGCUUGAUGCCGGUACUCUCAAUGAAAUGUCGCAGAAGAUUGAAAAGAGCUUGACUGUCGACCUAAUAGACUGGGAGAAAGAGACUGCUUUGGAAAGCAAUUUGAACAUGACAGAGCUCACCAGUCGCCAACCGCUUAGAACGACUGACAAAGUGGUACUUAUCACUGGCGCAGGAGGCUUCCUCGGUAAGGAUAUAUUGGCCGAACUCAUUGCCCGAGAAGAUGUAUCCAAAAUCCACUGCAUCGGCCUUCGCGACAAACCAGGCAACACACCUCGUCGCCUAGCCGUCACAUCACCCAAGAUCGUCACUCAUGGUGGUGACCUUACCGAAGAAUGGUUUGGUCUUGGAAAAGAGACCUUUACAUCUUUAGCCGGUGACGUUGACGUGAUAUUGCACAUGGCCGCAGCGCGGUCCUUCUGGGACAACUACAGUCUGCUCCGCUCCAACAAUGUGACAACUACAAAAUUAUUGGUCCAAAUGGCAGCAGCUCGCCAAAUCCCAAUCGAUUACGUGUCUAGUGCAGGUGUCCUAUCACAGGAAAGUGCCGACAGCCCUGCAGGCUCAGUAGCAAAGCACACUCCACCCGCCGAUGGGUCAAACGGCUACAUUUCGUCUCGAUGGGCAUGUGAGCAAAUUCUCGAGCACGCCGCAUCAGAACUUGGCGUUCCUGCCUCCAUUCAUCGUUUCGUACCAGCUAAAAACCCCGCGAACAAUGAUGUCCUGACAGAAGCACUGCAAUACUUCGUCAGCUUCGUCGACAAUCUUUCAAGUAUGCCUGACUUUGGCAGCACGACCGGCCAUUUCGAGAUGACUCCUGUCCAUACAGCCGCUACUGAGCUUACUGCGAAUCUGAUGAAUGGCUCGAAACACCCUGGAUCGCCGUUGGAAUUUAUUCACCAUUAUUGCCAUGUUCGCAUUGACAUCCCUGAGAUGGUGGCUUUCUUGCAGAAACACCGCGGAGGCAAAGAUUUGCAACUUGUUCCGGGGCUCAAGUUUAUUGGGGAUAUGAAGCGAGCGGGUUUAGCUUAUUUUGUAACUUCUCAAGCACUGCUUAUGGGUGAAGAUAGAAAUUCUGUUAUGAAGUCGACAAGGUGA